AUGCUGCCACAUGAUACGAGUCUGAAUCCACUAUGUCUCGUACUUCGUGUCACGCUGCGCUUUUUUAAGUGCUUGGGCUCGUUCCAUGUUUUUAGGGACCAAGCGUAUUUUGAAUCUAUUCGCACUUUCGACAAAAUCCAACAUCUCUCGUCAUUGAUGCUGCCAGGAGAUUAUGUUAUGGGAAAACUGGGAAUACACAAGAUGAGACGACGCCCGGCCCGGCCUGGACAGCUGACCAUUGUGUCCCUCAAAUUGCCUUUUAUGCCUGAAAUGCGAUUACCCAAACCUCCAAAAACUCCGGAAUAUGCUAGCUUUGAGGAUGCUGAAUUACUCAGUGCCGAACGUGUCAAAGUGAAUGGACCCAUGAAUUUCAGCACUGGGUAUACCGAAGCAGAUUAUGAACUUGCACUGUCCACUUUUAACGACAUCGUUAGACAUUUCAAAAUUCCAAACCAAUACCUCAUGGAGCCGGCUACAGAUUACAUUGAUUACUUGCGCUGCACAAUCAAAGAAGCACACAAAGCGGAGAACAAACUCUUUAAGUUCAGCAGACUCAAAAAGACGCUGUCCCUCAAAUCGAUGCGCAAAGACUACUCCAAAAUUCAGAUGUCAAGGAACAUGGAUUUUUUGGCGUCCGUGUUCAUCAUCUCAUGUGAAAAAGGUCACUUGAUUGAAAAGCUCACUCAGGAACUGGAGAAAUCCGACAUAAAGCCACUGAAGGAUAAAAUACAACAACAUUUUGUUGUUUUCAAAGACCGACUCAUGUGUCUCAAUAAUAAUCCCGGGAUCUUUUUUGAAGUCUCCACGCCGCUAACGAACUUUGCUAGACACUGUUUAGAGACUCGAAACCUCAUCUUCACGAACUCUCCUGCUAGCCGAUCGAGCCUGGUGGAGUUCUGGACGACAUCUUUGAAAGAAUACUCUAUGGUGAUAGAUAAAAGAGACUGGACGAAAGCUAACGAUAACUACUGCUUUGGUAACAACUCAGAACUCCGCAAAUUUAUUGAAAGUUCUCCAACGAAGGAAGAAAUCGAGUUUGCUACAGAAAGCGAACUGGACACUACAACAGACAAGUCAUUGACGCAGGUCCCCCAUUUACCUCUGAUGGAAUGCCCCCACAACACGUCUCUUCCAGUCCAGCAAAACUUACAGCAAGAGCUUGAAGUCCAGGAGAUCUCUACCGAUCAAUCAACUGAUGAUGCUAGUUUACAGUCUACAGAGAGCGUUCCAUACCUGCUAGAGUCUGGCAGAUCAAGGAAUACUGAAAAGUCUCAUCAUAUCGAUACUGACGAUACGACAGAAGGGUCCAUCACUGACUACGAGGAAUGCGUACCGCAACAAGACAUCUCAUAUCGGUUUGAUAUAACAUCUACCCCAUUGAAGUCUCAUAGACCAUUGAGUGCGGAGCGUGUUGAAGAUUUAGCUUUUCCCGAGAAAAUAGAUAGAUUUGAAAAGAUGGCUGGCAGAUCAUCUGGAGAGAACGUUCUCCUUGAAAAACAAGAAAACAGAAACGAUAUUUCAGUGGACGAAACCACAAUAUUAUCAGAAACCGUGCGGUUACAAAGAGUGAAACUUUCUGAGCCAGACAUCCAAAAAGCUGAGAUGUUGCGCCACACACUUCAGCAGCUCAAUUUGAAAAGGAAACCCUCGGAUCCGCAACUACAUGAGUCAAGAAACCUGAGCGUCAAAGAACGAUUUGGACUUUUCCUUGAUAGUCAAUAUAGGGAAUUAUCGAACACGUCUGAAUUUAGAUACCAGAUUAUCACCCCACAAAGACUCUACGAGCACCUUUCGGGAAGAGAAGGACGACGCUGGGACGCUUUGCCCAUGAAGGAGAAAGAUGCAUACUAUCUUGCAUUCAAACGACAUUAUGCUGAGCUAGUGAACCAGGGCGAAAGAUAUGAUAGGAGACUCGUCAGUUUAGUGGCAGAAGUGUGUUCUGAGUUGGAGUAA